AAAUUCAGGAGCUUCUCGGUUCAUUCCCUACGACACUUAUUUGUAGUUUGUAGGUGGAUCAUUGGGAAAUAUAUGGAACAAUCCCGGGGAUAUAGCCCCAUACAAUUUUGGUAAAUCGGUCAAAGACCAGUUAUGACUAGAAGUAAGCGUAUCAAGAACAGAAGUUAAACAACAGGUGAGAGACAGACGCAGGCUUUGCCAUGGCACACAGGAUGUCUUCUUCUUCAGAAAGGGUUUGUUUUGCAGGGAAGUCCUAUAACAAAUGAUGGCACUCACAAAGUAAUAUGAACAAGAAAACGAAUUGUCAAAACAACUGCCAAACCAUGUAGGAGUAGAUCGUAUCUAAUGGCACAGAACUCCAGCUCAUCAAUGGGUAUCCCGAUAAGUAGUUUCAAGAAAACAUCUUCUUUCCAUCAGACUAACCUAACUGUGGACUAUGGAGCAUGUUUUCAGCUCAUCAAAGAACUGGCCAAGGAGGUGAAGGAUAUCAAUAAGCAUGCUCAGAAGAGAGAGGUGAAAGAAGAGGUAACUGCAUCACUUAGCUUAGAUAGCAGUAGGAGUCUCAUUCUGAAGUGGUCCAAGGAGCUGAACCAACUAACCCGGCAUGUCCAGAAAAGAAAAUUGGAAAAAGCUGAAAACUCCACCACCGAGCAGCAGGAGUCUCAUCCUAAAUUUAUCCAAGGAGUUGAACCAUUCCCAAAGCGAGCCAUGGAAACAGAGGAUGGAAGUUUGGAUGAUUUGAAAGGCACAUGGGAAGAUAGAUGUUUGGAGAAGAAGAUCCUGGACUGGGCAGUAGAGCUGAAGAAUGUCUCAAAGGUGAAUUGUCUGUCAGAUGAAGACAUUGAAAGUCUCCUGCGCCCUAGUGGGAAGGAGUCAAGGCUGGCCAGUGCUCUGCCAUUGUUGGAAUUUGUGGCUUGGUCUCUACUAUCACAUGACUCUGAGGAGGACAUAUCAGUGCUGUGGUUAUCGUCCAAACAGAGGGCAUGCAAGACUGGAAACUCCAUAUAUAUCCCCAAUUCAGCAUGGCAAUGGAUUCUCAGUGUUUCAGUCCCUAUCCGCCUGGACCCCAACACUAGCCACCCUUUGCUGGCUUUCUCAGACGACAAGCUUGAGGUAUCGAGAGGGAGCCAGAGGCCCAAUGUCAUAGACCACCCCUGUCGUUUUAACUCAUGGCACUGCGUGCUUGGUGACAGAUUCUUCACCUCAGGGCAUCACUACUGGGAGGUGGAAGCAACCCCCACAGGGAGCUGGAGAUUGGGAUUAACCACUGUAACUUCCUCCAGGAGGAAUCGGUUUGAGAUAACCCCAGCAAAGGGCUACUGGACACUCUGGGGUUAUUGGACCCAGAGUGGGUCCCGGCAGCUCUUUGCCUGCAAUGACCAACCAAUCAAGCUUCCAAGUGUCAACUGGGUGGGCAUCUAUCUGGAUUACGAAGAGGGCCAGGUGUCUUUCUAUGAUGUAGAGAAGAGGUCUCACAUCUACACCUUCUCUGAUACCUUUAAGGGGGGGGUCGUUCCUGUGUUUGCCUGUCUGGAUGCCUACACAAAGCUCAAAAUUGUGACACCAGAGAGAUUUCAGCCACAUUAGAGACACACAUUAGUACUCCACUAGAUGAAACUCCAUGGGUAAAACCAUAUAGGCCUAGGGUAAAACUACAGUGUAUAAAAAUGUUUGAUUGAUAUAUAUAUAGGGCCAUUUCAUGUUAAAGGACCCAUGAGCACCAACAUGUGAAGUUCAUAGGAACACAAUUUGGUGUCCUAAGAGUCCUAUAUUUUUUUGAAAAUGAAGGCAUAUAUAAAUGUUUUCAACUAUUUUCUAUUCUAAAAUUAGGAAUAAGCAAAAGCUUUGAUUUCUGGUCGAACAGAUGGAAAAGGGGUCCUCCCCUCCACUGGCAGCUAAUAAAUCUGGAAACAAUCUGGACAA